GCGCCUGAAAAUACAUUUAUUUCAAUACGUGCUUUUGCCAGUCACAGUUCACUUCUUCAAAUAGAUACUGGGAAACCUUACGGGGAAGACACACCUUGGAACAUGUCCCCGUUACAUCCAUUUUACAGAGAAGGAAAACUGAGGCCCUUAACCAGAAACUACUUAGUGCAGCCCUGAAGCGCUUCCUCUUCUCACGGCUCCUCCUCCACCGUCUCUUGCUAGGAGGCAGGACUAGGGUUUCUCGCCCCCAAUUUUUUUUUGCCUUGGGCCAGUCCUCCGACGUGGCUUCUCCUCCCCUCCGCCGCCAGCCACCCCCUCAGCCUUCCUUUCCCCACCAGCGGCACCCCCAGCUCCGCCCUCUUGUCUGCAGCACCAGCAAUAAGAGCCCGACACGGGGAGCCCCCGGCCAGCAGCACCGCCUCCUCCGCCGCGCAAUCGGCACGCUCCACAUAGUCUGCCGUAGAAUCUCGUUGCCUUUAACUCUUUCAGGACUCAGCCUUCAGGCCGUCUUACGCAAUGCCUGAAGAGGCGUUUCUUCGGAGGCGAGCACAGCCUAACAGAGCAAGGGGGGGAAAAGAAGAAACCCCCCGCAAGGUUCUCAUCCGACGAAGCUCGCUUUCGCCGACGCUCAGCCCAUUCGGCCGCCAUCGUUUCUGAGGAGUUGAAACCACCAGGCAGGACGAGGGGCAGCCAACCCGGGAAAGGGGAGGUCCUUGAGGGCUGUAGUCGCAGCCGCUUCUAUGAGGCCCCCCUUUGCCUCACCGGCUGCACCGCUGCGGGAUGUGUGUGUGGAGUUGCCGCCGCUGAGGUUGCCGGGGCCCGAGGUGGCUCCAGGGCCGGUCAUGGGGGCCGCCGCAGGGGUAAGCGGCGGCGGCGGGAGUGCCUUCUUGUCCGAGCGGCUGCGGCUUCCCAUUUGUUGCUUGGGCGUCUUCGUGUGUUACUUCUGGUACGGCGUCCUGCAGGAGACAAUUACAAGAGGCAAAUAUGGGGAAGGAGUGAAACAGGAGAAGUUCCGCUAUGCCCUGUCGCUGGUCUUUAUUCAGUGCGUGAUCAAUGCGGUUUUUGCCAAGCUAUUGAUCCAGUUUUUCGAUACCGUCAAAGUGGAUCGGACACAGAAUUGGCUGUAUGGCGCUUGUUCCCUUUCCUACCUGGGAGCCAUGGUUUCCAGCAACUCAGCUCUGCAGUUUGUCAACUACCCAACACAGGUCCUUGGAAAGUCCUGUAAACCAAUUCCAGUCAUGCUGCUAGGGGUGACAGUUCUGAGGAAGAAGUACCCCAUCUCCAAAUACCUGUGUGUCUUACUGAUAGUCACGGGUGUGGCCCUUUUCAUGUACAAACCAAAGAAGGGAGGCGACAUUGUGGAUGAGCAUCUCUUCGGGUAUGGUGAGCUCCUACUGUUGCUAUCUUUGACCUUGGAUGGACUGACCGGAGUGUCUCAAGACCACAUGAGAGCGCACUACCAGACUGGUUCUAAUCACAUGAUGUUGAAUGUUAAUCUGUGGUCCACAUUAUUCCUAGGAGCUGGUAUCUUAUUCACAGGAGAGCUCUGGGAGUUCUUGAACUUCACAGAACGUUAUCCCAGCAUCAUAUACAACAUUCUUCUCUUUGGCCUCACAAGUGCUCUGGGCCAGAGCUUCAUCUUCAUGACUGUGGUCUACUUCGGUCCCCUGACCUGCUCGAUUGUCACCACCACCCGCAAGUUCUUCACCAUCCUGGCGUCGGUCAUCUUAUUUGCCAAUCCGAUCACCAACUUGCAAUGGGUGGGCACCAUUCUGGUGUUCCUGGGACUUGGACUGGAUGCCAAAUUUGGGAAAGCUUCCAAGAAAACCUCGCAUUAAGUCUUUUGGGUAGCUCUCUUCAGAACCUCAAGCAUCACAAACUGUUAACUUAUUGUCUUAUUUCUCAGCGACCAUUGUCAGAACGGACUCAGGAUGAGAGCUUGGGCGGGGGGGGGAGAAGGAUGGGGUUUUAUUGGGUGCGAAUGUGUGCUUUUGUUUCUUUUUUAAAUUCCAAACUAUUAUAUUUUUUUUAACGUUUUGGGUUGGGAGGGGUUAAUUAUAAUCAAGAAGGUGAAUUCCCCCCGCCCCCUCAUUCACUGCCUACUCUGCAACAAUCAGAGUUGGGGUUGAUAGGUGGCAACAAGGGGGUGAAAUUCUCAAUAGAAUGAAAGGAAUGCUUUAAAACAAAUAAAAAGAGGGGAACUAGA